AUCAGAUGUAAAUAUAUGUGUCAUCACCAGCGGCCAUUGUCGUUUAUCUUGUCUAAAUCCUGGUUGAUUUUGGAGAUUCAGAAAUUCGCAGCUCAGGUGGGGAUCGCCCCAAAUUCUAAUUUAUUGUAUUGUGAAACCCAUUUCCUAAUGUUUCCAAUUUAAUGGGUUGAUUUGAUUGCUUUUUUUUUGCCUGUUUAAUAUGCCCUUUUACGAAAUUGGAAUUCUGUCAAUGUUUGAAUAUGAAAAUUAUCUUUUAUCUUGCUGGGUGUUGAUUUAUUUCCAUGUUCUCUCUGAAGAAGCAUUCAAAUUUUCAUUGAAAUCGUAUGAUGAAUGACUUUAACAGCAUGUUGUUUGAAAUCUCGCCUGGUAUAUGACAGUUUAGGGGGUUGUCAUUCGUUUUGCAGUGGUGCUCGAUUUAGGUUUACUAGAAGCAUUCAAAUUUUCAUGGAAAUCGUAUGAUGAAUGACUUUAACAGCAUGUUGUUUGAAAUCUCGUCUGGUAUAUAACAGUUUAGGGGGUUGUCAUUCGUUUUGCAGUGGUGCUUGAUUAGGUUUAAUUUACUCUGUUCGAAAUCGAAAUUACGAUGCCUGUGCUAGUUGGUUGCUUGAAAUGCCUGAGUUCUCCCAGCUCAAAAGUCAUGAACUUGCUAUAAUUUACAGAAACUGAUCUGACAUGAGGAGAUAUAGAGGAGACAAGUUUUCUCAAUUUUCAUGAUGGAACAAAGUGAUGAUUCUUUUAGGAAUCAAAUUUCAGCUCUUUUGCGAGCUAUAAAUGUAACACGAUUCUUCAAAGAGGACAAUGUUCCUUGCCAAAUUGAAGAGGGUCUCUUUUUGGGCUCAAUUGCAGCUGCUAAUAACAAGAAUGCACUCAAGAGUUCUAAUAUCACGCACGUCUUAACUGUCGCUAGUUCACUGAGACCUGCACACACAAAUGACUUUGUGUACAAAGUCAUUCCAGGUAGAUGGAAUUGCUCUUUUAAUGAUGUGAACUUGGUUUUCUAUUUAGAAUAACGUCUUUUGAACAUUUGAAACUGUGCUUAUGAAGCAUUGUCUUUCCUCAUCUUAGUGAUGGUGUUCCUCAGAUGGUAGUCUAUUUCAGCUCUUUUGCUCCUGAGCAGCUAGUUACUCUUUCUAAUAUAUGAGAAUGUUGCCUACAAGAGUCAGUAUCACUAUAGCUUAUUUAUACCUUUUAGCCAUCUGUUUCUCAUGCAUAAUCAAUUUUUGCCAAAACAUGCAUUCAACUGGAUCCAUAUGAACUAGUAUCAAUUUCCUAUCUUAUACAUGACUCACCUAAUCUAAGUUCUUUAAAAAUGGAACCUUGUGGCUUCUGCUCACAUAAUAAGGCCAUAUUUACUCAUUGAUGAAAGGGCUGUUCGAGUUUUUUUAACACAUUGAGAAUCUUGAAGAAGCAUUAACAAUAACUCAAUUUUUCUCUCUGUAAAUUGAGGUAGUCUUGGACAAAGAAGAUACAAAUAUAACUCAGUACUUUGAUGAGUGCUUUGAUUUCAUUGAUGAAGCCAAACGACGGGGUGGUGGUGUACUUGUUCAUUGCCUUGUCGGAAGAUCCAGGAGUGUUACCAUAGUUGUUGCAUAUCUUAUGAAGAAACGUGGUAUGAGCCCAUCACAAGCGUUGGAAUAUGUUAAGAGCAAACGACCACAAGCAGCACCAAACUCUGGUUUUCUUUCACAAUUGCAAGAGUUUGAGAAAUCACUUCAAAGUGCAUAAAUCAUGUAGACUGCAAUUACACUUGUCUUAGUCUUGUGCCUAAGGAAAAAACUUACACGACAAAAUCCCAAAAUUGCACUCUGUUACUAUCCAUGGAACUCUGCUUGUCAGAGAAGUUUGUAUCAUCAGAUUCUUGUUCUCUUGGUCUUUUUGUCAUCAAACUUCCAAGAAGCGUCCUCAACAUUGUAAAAGUCUUUUAGAGUACGUUUUGCGAUAACUCGAACAGAAAGCUUCUUUUGUAUC